UCUAGAUCUCACAUUCCGCAUUGUUUUGUCGCAAGUGUGCAUCGCAUAUGUGUGUGUGUGUGGGUGUGUUUAGGAUCGAAUAAGCUGCAGUUUUCUACACUGGUUUAGCUAGCAGCUGGUUUUUAGCUAGCUUGUGUAAUGUGUCGGUUCCGGGGUUGUCUCGGGGUGAAACGGAGAGUUAGGUGGUGGGUUGAAGAGCGAUGGGGCACAGAAGAUUGUGGCUCUUCGCAGCUGGUCCCUUCCGAAAUGCCUCUCGUGUUUACUGUUCGACUGUUGCGGUAUUGAGCUGAGAGCUUUAACAUGCAGCUUUGCUGUUUAUGGCAUUCAUCAGUAACGUCGCAUUGUUUUUCGUUGUGUUUUGAUGCACACGGUUCAGGUAGCUAGAUCUGCUGAACAGCUAGAAAGGGUUCGUGUACCGACAUUGGUCAGUCAAAGCUGUGGCGCUACGAUACUCAAUUUCAUUCGAGCUUCAGAAUUGAGAGCUCGACGGAAGUGCUUGCUUCUCGGCUGAAGCUCGUGCAAGAAUAGGAUGACUGGGUUCACAAGAUGGACAAUGCGGCAGAGAAGCAGUUGCAGAAUGUUCAGCCUGGCCGUGCCAAGAAGAUUAAUCCAAAUCGCUGGGAGCGCUCAUCAUCUAGAUAUACAGCCCCCAUCUGACGAUUUGGAUAAUUACAGUACAAUAUUUUUCUGAAUGCAGUCAACAGUAAUAUCGUUAGGAGUUUCUUGUGAUUUGAGAAUAACCUUGCUGUAGCCGCCAUAACUUUCAAGUUGCAUGAUCGGGAUUGUUGACUACUGCUUUCAACUUUGAACCUCACAAGCUCGACAUCCUUCCUGAAAGCAAUUGUCCUGACAUUGAGACAUUGAAACUUCUGAGACGAAAAAAUAUAUCCGGAAGCAGCCCUCGCCCUCAUUUAUGUGGACAUGGAUCACCUACAACAUCUCACUUCUUAAGGAUGUGCUAUGGUAACUCUCUGAUCAAUGAGGGUUUCUUCAAGCUUCAACCAUGGGGAAGCCAAUCUCUGGUAACACAGCUCAAGCGCCAAUAUCUCUGUCUGGGGGGAAGCGCCAGCAGUCGCUCUCGAUGGUCUCCUUGCAAUUUGAGCAGCUUGGGCAACUUGGAAGUAUCGAUUGCGGGAAAAGAACGUCGGUCAGCGCACUUAACAGUCCUAAGGUCAUCGACAAGUCUCUUUCAUCUUUUCUCGGUGCUAGACAGGGUUUAUGGAGAAAGCCGUCGUCUCUCAGUGGCACCGAAGAAUUUUUGAAAGGUCUUGAGCUUGAUGGUGGGGCUUCGUCUACGGAUCAAGACAUGAAAUUUCCAAGCCUUCACAUAUUCCGAGAUCAAAGGGUUGGUUCAAAUAACAUCGUCAAACCUUUUAUACCUUCAGAGUCGCCGAAGGCAAAAGUGUCAAGCUCGUCUCCAAGCAAGCUUCGCAAAGACGCAGAUGCCAAAAUUGGAGGCCCACAUUUCCACUCUAGCACAAUGCUUGAGCGCUCCUCCUCAAUGUCGAGGAUAGCUCAACAAGACAAAGCAGAUGUGGAGAAAAGACGACACUCCGGACCUUUAUCUGUAGAGGAACUCAUUCUAUCUGGCAAGCUACAGCGAGGAUCAUUAUCCCUGCAACUAGAUUCUCAAUUGACACCGAGCAACGAAUUACAAAAAUCCAGAGCUGUAGACGGUGGCAACGAAGGCAGAUCUGAUGCUUUGGCUGUGGACAUAGAUGAGCCAACAAUCUCUCUGACCACAAACGCUUCAUCUCCCCAAACGUUGAAGGACGAGGGAGAAGCAAAUCAGUCUACCAGCGCAGUUGAAGAUGCUCUCACUUGCUCAGAAGAUGCUUCGAGAAUAUCUUCAACUCAUUCUCUGUCGGCUGUUGACGACACUGAAGGCAAACCCAUUAUUGAAAGAGAUUCAAGUGAUCAAGAGGUUUCGUCUUUAACCAAAGAACCGUCUUCCUUAGCCACACAUAGCCCACAGAGUUUGACGUGGCCAGAGGAAGAUUAUCAACCUUGUGACAUCACGUCGAAAUCCAAGUUUCUGCCUUCUAUAGCGAGCCCUGCAUUGGGGUCUUUCCACUUUGAGCCAGGGAAAAUCAUAUUGCCUCAGGAAUUUGAUUCUCAUGACUGCUCUGCAACAUCAACAAAUAAAACUGUUGCCGAGAAUUGUACAAUCAAAGGCAUCCGAUCGAGCCCUCUUUUUGUUUCUGGUAAAGUAACUGAGGAAGAACUCACAGAGGCUGCAGUAUUGUCCAGCCUUAUGAGCGAAGAUUCAAUGAAUAAUGAGGGGAAAAACAUCUUAUUAGAAUCACCAAGCACAUUUAAUGAAACGGAUUCGGAGAUGACAUGCAAAUCUGAUGAUUGUCUGGCUAACAGCUCCUUUGAGACUAUCGUGGGAGGUAAAUCUGACCGCGCGCAGUUGAAGCUUAAACGAAAGAGAAGACGGAGUGUCUCUGCCUCAGGAUUUGGAGCCAUGCUACUGAAGGUCGUGCGAGUCGCAGACUCCGGAUCUGUGGUGAUGAAGAGAAUGCCCACAGGGGGACCUGAAAUGAUGUCUAGGGUAGAUGCAUCGCGGGCUAGAAAGUUUGUUCUUCAGAAAACAGCUCAAUUUACUGUAGGACCUGCUCCUGCUGGUUCAUUUUCUUCAGCUUCUGCUCACGACGGUGUGGAUGGCAUGGGUGAGUUUGUCAUAAACACUGAAGCUGAAACCCAGUCAGAAAAAGUUGGGUUCUCUGUCGUGCAAUCAGUUGAACUGAAGAGUGGCACCCAAUUUGAGCACAUAAAUGGAGAUGAGGAUUUGAAGCAAUUAGAUUUAUCUCCUGCAGAAGUCACCCUUGGCCUUCAAGUAGCUACAACUCGUGAAACUGGGAGCAUUGACCAUCAAGCUAAACCACAGCACCUAUCAGAGAUAUCGUCACGGCAACUUCUCGGCUUGGGUAAUAAGAUCGCCGAAAACACUUGCACACAUGAAGAGCCAACUCCUACUUUGACGAAGGUGGAGAGUUGCGCUCAGGAGUUAGUGGAACAGGUAGACUCAAAAUUUCCCAGGCCGACGGCUGGUGGCAAAAGUGACAGCCAAACCAAGUCUGGUAUUGAAACCGGAGUCGACACAAACAUAUCCAUGAACAACGCAGCAGGAAAUAAUGAAGAUGGCAGGCAUGGUGGAGGGUCGGGUGCUAGGAAGAAGUCGUCCAGCAGAGGAAGAAACUCCUACGACCUGGACUCUUUGGCAGGGUGUCUUCAAGCAACGAACGGGAGCAUGGGUGCACUGGAGCAAGCCCCGACGAGGACCAUAAACAGAACCCCCAUAACACGAGAGAGAUCACGAAGCUUUGUAUCCAGGCUGCAAACUCCUUCCGGAGCACUGCCCUUUGUGGACGUGUACCCUGUGACCUCGUCCGUGUCCAUUUUGGCCAACCCAUCGUACUCCAGCUCUCAGUGCCAAGACAGAAUCUGGGAGGAGCAAGCAGAGAUCUACUCCAGCGGCGGACGCGGCACUCCCGGACGUGAAGACGAAACCACGACUCCAAACUGUAUGCUUCAUUCACCAUCUCCUAGAGCUGGUGCUAUCUCCUCCGAAGAUCAUCAGGUCCCUUCUGCAUCAGUGUCAUUGAGGAGAGGUCCCUCCCACUCCACCGGCAGACUUCCCUCGACAAUCCUCGGAGCCAAGGAAGCACAACAGAAAGGCAAGAAGAGAGGCCGAUCACCUCGGACACCGCUUCAAAGCUUGUUGGGUGAUGGUGCUCACAGCAAAGCAGCAGCAGCAGCAGCAGCAGCAGAACCAGGCUGUGCAAUGAGGUCACCAAGGUCACCCACUGGUGCUCAUUUCAUACAACAAAUCAUGUCUAGAAUCCGAGGCAACUCUCCCAAAUCCUGCAGCUCUUCAAGCUUACAGCCUGCCAUCGCCAAAAGACGCAACACCUGGAGCAGCUGCAUCUGUUUUUCCAUCAAAUGAAAGCCUCACUUCCUGUGCAGCUUCUGUCUGUCUGUCUGUCUGCCAUGAACCAUGUUUGUUGCAAUGAACCAAGACGGGAUUUGCCACUCA